GCGGUUCGGUCUGCAGUCGGAGACUCGCAGGCAGCAAAUACGGAGAGCGGAAAAAGCGAGCCGGGAAAAGCGAGCAGGCAGCCGCGGAAGAGCUGCGUUGAAAGAGCGCUGCACGUUAAAACACAUCGCAGCCGGAGCCCUUAGAUGAGCACCGAGCAGCAGCAGCAGCGCUAACCAGCCACGGGAGCAAGCAGAAGCAAAUGCCAAGCGCAGUCUCUCUCUCUCUCUGAAUGUAUAUGCAUAAUAUCCUUAGCUUGAUUUAAACACCUCCAGCUCACGCAUCAUGGUUUUGCAAACUAAGCUCCCUUCUUGGAUUAUUUUGUGUAACAUCUGGCUGCUUCAGUUUGCACACACGGGGGAGGCACAGGCUGCGAAAGAAGUAAUAUUGCUGGAUUCUAAAGCACAACAGACAGAUUUGGAAUGGAUUUCUUCUCCUCCCAAUGGGUGGGAAGAAAUUAGUGGACUGGAUGAAAACUACACACCUAUACGAACAUACCAGGUAUGCCAAGUCAUGGAACCCAACCAAAAUAAUUGGCUGCGGACUAACUGGAUCACGAAAGGCAAUGCACAAAGGAUUUUUGUAGAACUAAAAUUCACUCUGAGGGAUUGUAAUAGCCUUCCUGGAGUCCUGGGGACAUGUAAAGAAACGUUCAACUUGCAUUAUUAUGAAACAGACUAUGACAGUGGAAGGAGUAUCAGAGAAAGCCAGUAUGUAAAAAUAGACACUAUUGCGGCUGAUGAAAGCUUCACCCAAGGUGACCUUGGGGAGAGGAAAAUGAAACUCAAUACAGAAGUGAGAGAGAUUGGACCUCUGUCCAAGAAAGGAUUCUACCUUGCAUUUCAGGAUGUAGGGGCUUGCAUUGCUCUGGUUUCUGUCAAAGUGUACUAUAAGAAGUGCUGGUCCAUUAUUGAGAACUUAGCGAUUUUUCCAGACACAGUAACUGGGUCAGAGUUCUCCUCUUUAGUUGAGGUCCGAGGAACCUGUGUCAGUAAUGCGGAAGAAGAAGCCGAGAACUCUCCCAGAAUGCAUUGUAGUGCAGAAGGAGAAUGGUUAGUGCCCAUUGGGAAGUGUAUCUGCAAAGCUGGCUUCCAGCAAAAAGGAGACACGUGCGAACCCUGUGGACGUGGAUUCUAUAAGUCAUCUUCACAAGAUUUGCAGUGCUCCCGCUGCCCAAUGCACAGUUUUUCAGACAGGGAAGGAUCUUCGCGAUGUGAUUGUGAAGACAGCUAUUACAGAGCACCUACUGACCCACCAUAUGUUGCAUGCACAAGGCCGCCAUCUGCACCACAGAACCUUAUUUUCAAUAUUAACCAAACUACUGUGAGUUUGGAGUGGAGCCCUCCUGCUGAUAAUGGAGGAAGAAAUGACGUGACCUACAGGGUAUUAUGCAAGAGGUGCAGCUGGGAACAGGGUGAAUGUGUUCCCUGUGGGAGCAAUGUUGGAUAUAUGCCCCAGCAAACUGGAUUAGUAGACAACUAUGUCACCGUCAUGGACCUGUUGGCUCAUGCUAACUAUACUUUUGAAGUUGAAGCUUUAAAUGGUGUCUCCGACUUAAGCCGUUCCCAGAGGCUUUUUGCAGCUGUUACCGUUACCACUGGCCAAGCAGCUCCCUCGCAAGUUAGUGGUGUAAUGAAAGAAAAAGUGCUGCAAAGGAGUGUGGAGCUUUCCUGGCAGGAACCUGAGCAUCCCAAUGGAGUCAUCACAGAAUAUGAAAUCAAGUAUUAUGAGAAAGACCAAAGGGAGAGAACUUAUUCAACAGUGAAAACCAGAGCCACUUCUGCUUCGGUUAAUAAUCUGAAACCAGGAACUGUAUAUGUUUUCCAGAUUCGUGCUUUUACUGCUGCUGGCUAUGGAAAUUAUAGCCCUAGAUUAGAUGUUGCUACACUAGAAGAAGCCACAGCUACUGCUGUUUCCAGUGAACAGAAUCCUGUAAUCAUAAUAGCUGUGGUAGCUGUGGCAGGCACAAUUAUCCUGGUUUUCAUGGUUUUUGGCUUCAUCAUUGGGCGAAGACACUGUGGCUAUAGCAAAGCUGACCAAGAAGGAGAUGAAGAACUUUACUUUCAUUUUAAAUUUCCAGGCACCAAAACCUACAUUGAUCCUGAAACCUACGAAGAUCCCAAUAGAGCAGUCCAUCAAUUCGCCAAGGAGUUAGAUGCUUCCUGUAUUAAAAUAGAGCGUGUGAUUGGUGCAGGAGAGUUUGGUGAAGUAUGCAGUGGUCGUCUAAAGCUUCCAGGCAAAAGAGAUGUUGCAGUGGCCAUUAAAACCUUAAAAGUGGGCUAUACUGAAAAACAAAGAAGGGAUUUUCUUUGUGAGGCUAGCAUCAUGGGACAGUUUGACCACCCCAAUGUGGUUCACUUGGAAGGAGUUGUUACCAGAGGAAAACCAGUAAUGAUUGUAAUAGAAUACAUGGAGAAUGGAGCACUGGAUGCAUUUCUCAGGGUCUUAAUGUGCAGCUUCAAACAUCAUAUAUCAGGGGUCCCCGGUACUGGUCCAUGGGCUCUUAGGAACCAGGUCACACAGCUGGAGAAACACGAUGGGCAGUUCACAGUAAUUCAGCUGGUUGGAAUGUUGAGAGGAAUUGCUGCUGGAAUGAGAUACUUGGCAGAUAUGGGAUAUGUACACAGGGACUUAGCAGCACGCAAUAUUCUGGUCAAUAGCAAUCUUGUUUGCAAAGUGUCGGACUUUGGUCUCUCCAGAGUUAUAGAAGAUGAUCCUGAAGCUGUCUACACCACAACUGGUGGCAAAAUUCCAGUAAGAUGGACAGGCCCAGAAGCCAUACAGUACCGGAAAUUUACAUCAGCGAGUGAUGUAUGGAGUUACGGAAUAGUCAUGUGGGAGGUGAUGUCUUAUGGAGAGAGGCCUUAUUGGGACAUGUCAAAUCAAGAUGUUAUAAAAGCAAUUGAAGAAGGGUAUCGUUUGCCAGCGCCCAUGGACUGCCCAGCAGGCCUUCACCAGCUGAUGCUAGACUGCUGGCAGAAAGAACGUGCAGAAAGGCCAAAGUUUGAACAGAUUGUGGGCAUUCUAGAUAAAAUGAUUCGGAACCCAAAUAGCUUGAAGACUCCUUUAGGAACCUGUAGUAGACCAAUCAGCCCUCUCCUGGACCAGAACACUCCUGAUUUCACAACAUUUUGCUCUGUAGGAGAAUGGUUGCAAGCAAUCAAGAUGGAACGAUACAAGGAUAAUUUUUCUGCUGCGGGUUACAAUAACCUUGAGACAGUAGCCAGGAUGACUAUUGA